AUGAGUGAACUUGAAUCUGACAGCCAUGAGGAAGAAUUCCUCAUGGGUUCCAGACAGCGUCGAUCUAAUGCUGGUAAUCGGAUGAAGAAGCUGCUGGAGCAGGAAGUUGAAGAGAUGCAAUCGAAGACUGGGUCCUUAAAUGAUGAUGAGCUGGAUCUUCUGUUCAAGGAGGAUGCUGAAGAUGAGGAUUUUGAAAGUGGUAAUAGUGCAAGUGAACCUGAGGAUUCGGUCGAGAAGGAGCAGGUUUCGCAAGUGGAAGAUGAAGACUUGGUGGUAAGUGAAUCAGAUGAAGAAGUGUCAGAUCAGGAUGAAGAUGGGGAGCAGGAAUUGCAGAGGCAGGAGAUUGCCCAGCGGAAGAGGAAGAGAAAGGCAAAACCACCUGUGCUGAAAAGGAAAGCUGUAAAAGUCGACAGAAGCGCUGAAGAAGCAAAAAGUAAGGCAACUUACGAAUUGUUAAAGGCUGAAAGUUUAUUGACAUCGGAUAGAAGAACCUCCAAGAGAUCACAUGUGAUAGCCAAUAAGCUGGAGAUCUAUGAAAAGUUGAAUAUGGCUGAAAAGAAGCGUAAAAUCAUACAGGAGAGACUAAAAAAGCAUAAGGAGCAACAGAAUGAUGCAAUACUGACGCAGGAAGAUCGUUUAAGAAUUGCAGCAGAGACGGAAAAGCUCAAUUUGCUAAGUCUAAACAAGUACAAAGAACAAGAAAUAUCCAAGAAACAGACAAGGCUUGCUAUGCAACAGCGACAAAAAAUGAAGUUUAAGACGGGUGAGCCAAUCAUACAAGAGGUGACGACAGCUUGGAUUGUUACUCCCGCAAUGGAAGUGGAUGAUAAAGCAUACUGGGAUGAGCAAUUGAAGAAGCGUGACAAGAGAAGAAAGAAGUAUCCGCGUAGACAAUCAAAGAAACAAAGCCCAGGGCCUGGUAAAGAUGGCAAGUCAAAGAAUCUUCAAAAAGAUGAACCUAGAGCGGUAAGUGACAACGCCGACGAAACGAAUCAUUCAACACUACCAGCUAUGGAGAAGAAAGAAGAAGAGAUUGUGAAUGCGUCAACCAUGCCCAACAGUGCAGUAAAGGGGGAUGAGAAGACCACACCCAACCCAUUGAAUCAUGCAAAAGAACAGAACCUCAAGGAUGAGAUGAUAUCCGACGAAGAAAGAAAGAAGAAGGAGAUGACUGGACCGCCAACAAAUAAAGGCGACGAGCAAACACCUGAAAAUAAACCUACGAUAGAUAAAUCCGAUGAUAUCGAGAAGGAACAAAAAAUUGAGGCUUCUCUUGGGAUAGCUGCUGAACAGCUCCCAGUAACAAAAGUUCCAGAAAAAGGAGAUACCAGGUCUUCGACUAAGCAAACUUUUUUCAAAGGUGAAACUGAGAUCAAUGUCGACAAUUUGACAGAUUCGCAGGACAAAAAGAAGACCGGAGUGCCGGACUCUCAAGAGGAAAUGCUUGACAAUGUUCAGCCAGAAGACGAGACUAAACACGUUUCCUUUGAGGAACCCAGAAUUAAAACUAUGGAUCCGGUAGACCAAGAUGCCAAAGAGCAAAUGCAGGACCAGUCAAAUGCAAACGAUCCUGAAAUUCCAGAGCUUAUGGAUGAUGUUGAAAGCGAAGAGGAGCAAAUAUAUCAGGGUCCCUCUCAAGAAGUAUCCAAGAAUUUCGUGACAAUAUACAACUUUGCAGUUGAUUCAUGCAAAGGUGAUGUUCGUGAUGAAUUGUUUGGACUUCAGUGGUCAGGCUCUAAUAACCAGAGGUCUACUGAUGUCGAAAACAUUAGCAAGCUUGUAAUGCCUGAAGUUUUGCCUGGAGCUGAUGAUAAAUCGCCCAUUGUGCCAGACUUGUCUUUUCUGAGUAGUUUCCCGGCAUUCGGUGAGUACGGGAAGAAGGUGAUCUACGACGUUGGCUUGAAUACUGGCAAAGAGUUGGAAAUAGAAAUUAAGACGCUUCCGCCUAGCGGUGUCUUGUUCCCAAAUGGUGUACGAAAGAAGUGCUUUAUAACUAACAAGGAAUGUCAGUAUUUUGACCCGAAGAACGGUGUGCCAUACUCAGAUGUUGAAGCUUAUAAGGUUAUUCAAGAGUUGCAAAAUCCGUUGGGCGCUGGCACGAAUGAUGAGCCAAUUCCACAUUUCCAGUGGUUUGGCUUCAAAAAUGGGGGCAUCUAUCUGAAUCUCGAACAAAGGCCGGCAAAAGGAGUACCAGAGGGGUUUGCUUAG